UUUUUAUCAAGAGCAAGAGAACUUUGGGGAUUUCGAAAUAGAAAUUGGUCUUGAGGACCUCGAGAACGAGGCACAUCUUCAUGGUGAAACAGUGGUGGACCUAAAGGACAUACAAAUGCUCACCAAGUUACAUGAGGGCAAUGGGUUCAAUGAUGAGCCUCCACCGGACAUUCCCACCCAACCUCAUUACUCACAUGAUACUGAUAGUGAUAGUGAAAAUGAGAACCCAACGCCUCGUUAUGAGAACCCAAUGCCUCAUUAUGAUAGUGAUGAUUCGAGGUGAUUGAUCAAUAUGAGCGGAAGCAAGGAAUCCAUGAACUCCAUUCUGAAGACCAUGAGGACCCAGAAGUUCACCGGGACCACUAGAAGUGGAAGACCAACGCGUGCCAGCUCGCGUUACGCGGACGAUGACACGGGUGGAGUUGGAGGUGGAGGUGUAGGUGGAGGUGGAGGACGUGGUGGAGGUGGAGGACGAGCUGGAGGACGAGGCGGAGGUGGAGGACGAGGACGAGGUGGAGGUGGAGGAUGAGGACGAGGUGGACCUUUCCUUGGUGACAUACCCUCUGCUUCUGGCGACGUGGCUUCCCAGUCCGCUCACACACAGUCUACUGAGGGGGAGAUGGAGGUGGAGAUGGAGGUGGAGGGGCAGGACGAGGAGGCGGAGAGGGAGAUGGCGCCGAAGAAGUUGCGCAUUCGUGGUGAAGCGCAAGUCCCUGAUGAGAGGAGGGAGCCUACUAGCCAAGAGGCGAAAGCCCUCAUCAUCCCGAACGAAACAGACAAUUGGACAUAUGACAAGGGGGUUCGCCAGCCGUCGAGCAUGAUUGGAGCUCUUAUUAGGCAGUAUUGGCCGGGCUUUUACACUCCGGUCCUCGGCGGCGAGAGGAAGCUAGCCGAGACUUGGGCGGACUAUGAGGCAGCUCCUUGCCCGGGCUUUGGGACAGCUGCUGACGCCGUGUACACCAAGUUUUGGACCCAUUAUAAGGUGCCUGAUGAUAUGGUUGAGCGAGGGAAGGCGGUACUGACUAGGGCUUCUCAGAGGUUGACAAGGCAACAGUGGUACAAUCAGAAGCAUACCUGCAUCGGGCACUUCAAGGCUGAGCAGGGCAUUAGGGUCAAGAAAGCUGACAAUAUCAGGGACGAUCCUCAGCUGACGAAGGAAGAUUACUUGAGGGUUAUGCCCCUAUGGUGCGAGAAUAAGGAAGACGCAUUUGAGGCCUUGGUAGCGAGGUGGGUUGGCGAAGACGCCGACUUCAACGCCAAGAGUGUACGCAACAAGGCAAACCGUGGCACCGGAGGAACACACAGUGCAGGAAGCCGCAGCACUGAGCGCUACAGGAAGCACAAGGAGGCGGAACUCGGGGAGCCUCUCACCGAGGUGGGAGGGUGGCAGAAGAUGAAGCUGAAGCAGCCUGAUCUGAGCCAGCCUCAGCCCUCGCUGCCCGAGUACUUCGGCUAUGCCGAAGAGGAGUUGGACAAGUACUGCUCGGCGUUCAAGGGUCUUCAUCCGGAGGUGGAUGAUCCUAUUGAGCAGGAGACCGACUUGACGGCGAUUAUGGUGGCGGGGCGCGGCUCGGAGCAUGGCCGUACGAAGCUUCUUAGUGGGGUGAUCAAGCCGCAGAGGACCCUCACGCAGAUCAGGUCUACCCUCACCGCUGGCGACCCACCGGUCGCGCCUCCUCGACACCGUCGUACCGAUGCUAACUUUGAGGCCGCCUACGCUGCCACUUAUGAGAAGUAUUUGACGGUUGUAGCAGAGUGGGACCUCAAGAGAGCGGCUUGGGAAGAGUACCAGGAGGCGACGAGUCGUGCGCUCAGGACGUUCUUCCAGACUGGAGAGAGGAUCGCACUUCCGGAAGAGGAGCCACCUAGGCCGGGGCCGACUCUAGUGUGCCCAUCGAGGGAAGCUUUCGCGGCCACAUACUACGCACGGACUCCGGGCACGGGAAGUUCGCGGAACCGACCCUCUCCUGAUUCGUCGCGCGAGGGCACACCCGAUGCACCCCGGCCGCCAUUCUCCCGGUGCUUCAGGGUUUUCACCUGCUGGCGAUGGUUCAGGCCAUGGUUCUACCUCGGUCCACCGCGACAAAGGCCGGACGCAUGAAUGGACGAGUACGGAACUUGGUUGGUUCCCCUGAUCUUGGGUCCCCCUUAGCUAGGUGUCAAGCGGGUGUGCGUUGAUCGUAAGUGCCAUGUGUUGACGAUGUAUGAUGAUCGUGUGUGCUACAUGCCACAUAUUUGUAUCACGAUGAUGUUGUUGCUACGUUUGAUAUGAUGACGAUGAUGAUUAUGUGCUGUGCAAUA